GAAGACAAGGAAGCCAGCAGGUCUUAAAGGGGCCGCAGCCAUUUCAAAAGCCUCUUCUUCCUUUCUCCAAUUUUGCAAGGUAGAACGCAGUAGAGUAGGUUCCGGAAACCCAGCACAGCUGGAGCAGCAGAGGCCGCAGCUGGAGGCAGGAAGAGGCGAGCGUCUGCCCUGAGGAAGGGCAGGGUGUUCGCACCCCCCGUGCCCGGCUCACAGCUGGGUUAGCCCAUGCUCCGGUCGGCAUUGAGCUUUAACACCUGGGACCCGGCUGGGGCAGCAGAGACCUGUGCGCCGUGGGCGCGGCCGAUGCACCAGGCUGGAGGGUGAGCGUCGCGCCGGGGCUGGGACAGAGUUGGCACCUCCGGAUAAGGCCCAGAGCGGCCAGGGGGCCUCCGCGAUGCCAGGCGAAAAUAUCUUCCUGUUUGUGCCUAACCUUAUUGGUUAUGCCCGGAUUGUCUUCGCCAUCAUUUCUUUCUACUUCAUGCCCUGCUGCCCCUUCACGGCCUCCUCCUUCUACCUGCUCAGCGGACUUCUGGACGCUUUUGAUGGACACGCUGCUCGAGUCCUUAAUCAAGGGACCCGGUUUGGGGCCAUGCUGGACAUGUUGACAGACCGCUGCUCCACCAUGUGUCUGCUGGUCAACCUGGCUCUGCUGUACCCUCGAGCCACCCUUCUCUUCCAGCUCAGCAUGAGCUUGGAUGUGGCCAGCCACUGGCUGCACCUUCACAGUUCUGUGGUCCGAGGCAGUGAAAGUCACAAGAUGAUUGACCUGUCGGGAAAUCCAGUGCUUCGCAUCUACUACACCUCCAGGCCUGCUCUGUUUACCCUGUGUGCGGGAAAUGAGCUCUUCUACUGCCUCCUCUACCUGUUCAAUUUCUCCGAGGGACCUUUAGUGGGCUCUGUGGGCCUUUUCCGGAUGGGCCUCUGGGUCACCGCCCCUGUGGCUUUGCUCAAGUCCCUCAUCAGUGUCAUCCACCUGAUCACGGCCGCCCGCAACAUGGCAGCCCUGGACGCAGCAGAUCGUGCCAAGAAGAAGUGACCUUGGAAACCUCCAGCCCCCGGCUGCCCACCUGCCCUGGAAGUCUCACGGUGCCACGCGGCUUCCCUGUCCCUCCCAGGAGGUCCCAGGCUUCCUAACAUAUCGUCCAACCUGCUGGGGGGGGGGGGGGGCGGUCUCGUUGGUGAUGGCAUGUUCGCCGUAAUCCUAAGGACCCGCCCCACCCCUGUGAUCUCCAAGGUCCUGGACCUCAAAUCAGGAAGGAUGCUCGGGGGCCCCAAGAGAGUGGUCUGAGGACUGGGUGUUGUCACAGCUGCUGGCUCAGCUCUGGGGUCUGGCGUGAGUGGGACACUUGAGUGAGGGGGUGGAGGAGGUGUCCCAUAAGGCAGGGAUCCAGACCUCUGCCCCUGGCCAAAGGGAGCCCUUGGGGACCGUGGCCAAGAGAGGAGGUGUCGCCAAGAUCCCCACUGCAGUGUCUUCUGUCCUGUGCAUCCUGGCUCUGAGAGCCUUGAUCCUAGAGGCAGGACUGCCCCUCUCCUGGACUUGGUUUCCUUGCAGACACCCCUGGACCAGGGCCUUGGAUGAGGGGAGCCUGGGGGAAAAAUGAGGAUGCUUCUGGAUACGUUUUCCAGUAGUUUACUGCCUGUGGCUCCUUGUAUUCCUCAGUGACCUCAGGGAAAGGCUGUCCUGCCACCCAAGCUCCUUCCAGACCCUCUCCGCACUUGCUUUCUUUUCUUUGCAAACACUGUCCCUGGCUGUCACCAUUCACUUGUGUACCUGGUAUUUUCUACCCUCACUAAAAUGUAAACUCCAUCAAA